UCUGCCAACUUAAGAAAAAAAUAAAUUUUUAUUGGAAAUGGCAGAGAAGCGGAAUGUGGACAAAAACAAAACAGUAAAUAUGGAGAAAUCAGAGCGAGUGAAAGUAAUAUGCUUAGGUGAUAGUGCUGUUGGAAAAUCAAAGUUAGUUGAACGUUUUUUAAUGGAUGGAUACAAACCACAGCAACUAUCUACGUAUGCACUCACACUGUUCAAAUAUUUCACAAAAAUUGACGACAAAGAUGUUAACGUUGAAUUCUGGGACACCGCUGGCCAGGAACGCUUUAGCAGUAUGCACCCGUCAUAUUAUCAUUCUGCACAUGCAUGUAUAUUGGUAUUUGAUGUCACACGUAAAACAACAUAUAAAAAUUUAGCCAAUUGGUACAAGGAGUUGAGAGAAUAUCGUCCUGAAAUACCUUGUAUAUUGGUGGCCAACAAAAUAGAUGUUGAUUAUAACGUAACGAAGAAAAGUUUUAAUUUCUCCAAAAAGUAUCAUCUACCGUUUUAUUUUGUAUCUGCGUCAGAUGGAACGAACGUUGUUAAAGUCUUUCGUGAAGCCAUCCGCCUAGCACUAAAUUAUAAAGAAAACGCAACAGACUUCGUUGACGAAGUACUUAAAGAACUAGAAAAUUUUGAAGACAUGAAUUUGGAGAGUAAAACGCCGUCAUCCACGUCAAUAUCACCGGUAUCAGAUCCAACGUCAAAAAGAGAGGAGACUGAUAUUAGCAAAUAAUGUUUUCAUAGUGUUUUUUUAGCGAUUUCAUGCUUACUUAGAUUCCAUGCCGCUGUUGAUGCACAGUUCGGAAUUUUAAUACUCUAGAUUGCAUUUUUUUUAUUUGCGUAAGCGAAUUGUCAAAUAGUGUAUAUGCGGUCAUAGCAUUUUUUUAUUUGUUGCGUGGUUUGCAUAAGAAAUGAGUUUUAGAUGUUUUUUGGAAUGUUAAGACGAGAA